CUCUCUUAAGACCCUCUUACAGCCUAAGUCAACCUUCUAAACCCCCUUAAUGAUCCACUCAUGGUAGACAACGUCAACCGUCGUUAACCAUCUACUUUGCUUAAAAAAGAAAUUAUUUUGGGUUAAUUUGUAGGUUUACGGUAUUUUUUUAUUACCUGCACAUUUAAGAAGAAGUCACCUAAAUCAAAAGCAAUUUUUCUCAUCACUGCUAAAGCGUCACAAUUUAAACGUGUGUACUGUUUUUAGUACCGACAUUUUUUUAGACUUCAGUAACAAAAGUAGUGCAGUAUUUUUUCUUCGUGCAAUGUUUAGAAUGAGCUCUUUAUACAUUGCAGCACUUAUUUUUGUUAUUAUUGGCCACGUUAAUCUAGUGAAAUCUAGUGAAAAUUUUAAUGUAUUUGAUAAAAUCAAGUCCGGUUUUAAAAUGGCUGGAGAAUUAUUUUCCUCUGAUCACGCCAGUAAAGUUGCUAAUCUAGUAAGUAAUGCACUUGGAGGAAAAACUAAUCACGAAAAAACUGAAGAGAAAUCAAAUAUUUUUUCCGGAUUUUUGAGGCUUUUUGGUUUUGAAUCCAGACAAAUUAGCGCUAUAACUGUGAAUGCUAUUAUACUAAUAGCACAACUGAUUGGAUCAACCCUUAGUCCAAAACAAAAAUAUAAACAAAUCGAAGAAGAUAAACCUUUCGAUUGGAUGAUGAAGAAUGACAUGAUUUCGGAAAUCGUAGAAGAGACUAAAGAUGAAAAUCUUUCUAAUAAUAUCAUCGAUUAUGUGGCAGAAAGGAGCCUUGAUGAAGAGACGGGUUGUGUUCAGCUUUUACUAUGCAAAAUAAAACCGUUUAUAGCCGAAAUGCAAAGAGCAAUAAAAGAAAGGGGAAGGGGGAUUGUUAAAGGAUACAGAGUACUUUUUGAGUAUUUUCCUAAUGCUAGUGUGGUUGCUGAAAACGGGGAUAAAUGUGAAAGAAAGUAUUAUUAUUGUAAAAUCCCACUCUAAUAGUUAGUUACAUAUAUUAAUACAGCAAAUUAAUGUUAAUAAUAUUUAAUAAAG